AUGGCCCUUUCACAGUCACCAAGCGAAUCAACAAUAACUCUUAUAGAGUUGAUCUUCAAGGAGGUUCAGGAAAAGCAGCUUUUGGCCGAGGAAGAAGAUGGAAUGGAGCAGCUUGUAGCCGAGGAGGGACUUGAAGCCGAGCAGCUUGUACCUGAGGAGAGCAUAGCCAUUCCAACUGGCCCAAUCACUCGUUCACAAACUAAGGCACUAAACCAAGAAUUGGCAAAGUCCUUAGCUGUUUGA